UAAGUAAAGAAUUAUGAAAUUUAUACCUUGACAUGUAUUGUACUGUGUAAACACUACUUAUGAAAGCUAAAUAAAGUUUUCAGAUUAACAGUCAGAUUGAGAAAAACGACCUGCCGCUGCGAAUAUGUUUGAGCCUCUCGUGUGUGCGUGCGUGGAGAGACGGCUAUAAACCAUUGAUGCUCAUCACGAAGUGAUCCAGUCACAUCAAGGCAAUCGACGUAUCAUGGUGUAUCUCGACGCAGAAUCAUCUCGUCACGAUGAGAUGCAAACAAGUGAAGGUUGCAGAAAACCAUUUCUUAGUUUCUCGAUUGAACGCAUCCUUUAUGGACAUUUUCGUACAGAACGAGAAAGAAUAAAACGAAAACAGGAGAACUCGUCUACAAUAGUCGAUCCUGCAAGUAGUGCAAUGCCAGUUCCAAAAUAUAAUUGGCUUGGAUAUACGAGAUAUAACCCUCCAAAGUUACCAAAGUCAAGUAAACGUCGACCGAAACAGAAACGAAAGCCCGGUCGCAAUCCCAGAGUUCCAUUCACUCCCAAACAGCUGACGACCCUGGAAAACAAGUUUGAAACAAUGAAGUACUUGACAAGUGAUGAAGUUCGUAGUUUGUGUUUGGAACUGACGUUACCGGAAAACAAAAUCAAAAUAUGGUUUCAAAAUCGACGAGCAAGAGAAAAAAAAAAGUUCACAAAGCAGCGAUGAAUAUGUUGACGUAAUGACAAUUGACGGGAGAACAG